UCAUCACAGCUACUGCUGAAAGGCCUGAGCCAGAUUCUCCAAGAUGAAGCUCCACACCAUGGCUCUGAUGUGUCUCCUGCUGGUCGGGACGUGGCCACAAGACGUGGACAGCAAAAGCAUGCAUGUGCCCUCCUCCAACUGCUGCUUCUCAUUUGUGAAGAGAAAGAUUUCCCCAGAGAAAAUCCAGUGCUACCGGAAUAGCAGCUCCACCUGCUCCUACCGCUCUGUAAAGCUCAAGAUGAAGAAAGGGAGGGAGAUCUGUGCCUUGGAGAAUGCGACACAGGCUUGGGGUUACUUGGAUGUGCUAAAACCCUGCCCGCCAAAGGCAAUGUGAAAGGGUUCCUUUGCAUCUCGGGCACUGGAGGCUGCGUGGCAUCACCUGUCUCCCCAGUCUGCAAUCCCACACCAUUCCUCUGCCCCGCUUUCCAGGCCACAGAGGAUCUUCUCAGCCUCGAUAAGCUAUGUUGCUGCACUUUAUAUAUUUAAACUCUGGAACCUGCAACUCCUGCUUCUGUGUGCCU